GGAGCGAGUGCAGACGGAGUAAAGGUGCAGUCUCUUCUCGCCUCGACUAAUCGGGCCAGCCAGCCUCCUUCCAACCAUGUCAACGCAGGCCAAAGUGAAGAAGGACAAAGAGAUCAUAGCUGAAUAUGAGAGCCAAGUGAAAGAGAUCCGUAACCAGCUGGUGGAGCAGUUCCGUUGUUUGGAACAGCAGUCAGAGUCCCGACUGCAGCUGCUGCAGGACCUGCAGGACUUCUUCCGCCGGAAGGCUGAGCUCCAACUGGAGUUCUCCAGAGGCCUGGAUAAAUUAGCAGAGCGCUACUCGUCCAAGAUCCGCACUUCCAGAGAGCACCAGCAUUUCAAGAAGGACCAAAAUCUCUUGUCUACUAUCAACUGCUGGUACUUGGUCCUGGAUCAGACCCGGCGAGAGAGCAGAGACCACGCUACACUCAGUGACAUCUACAACAACAACGUCAUUGUCCGCCUGACACAAGUGGGCGACGAUGUCCUCAGACUUUUUAAAAAGAGCAAAGACAUCGGAGUGCAGAUGCAUGAGGAGCUUGUGAAAGUCACCACUGAGCUCUACACAGUGAUGAAGACGUACCACAUGUACCACACGGAGAGCAUCAGCGCCGAGGGCAAGCUGAAGGAAGCCGAGAAGCAGGAAGAGAAGCACAUGGGCAAGGCCAACGACAUCAGCGCCGCCUUGCUGCGAUACGGUCACGACGAACGGCCGCAGCGACGGAGCUCGGUGAAGAAGAUGGAGAAAAUGAAAGAGAAGAGACAAGCCAAGUAUUUUGAAAACAAACUCAAGUGUACAAAGGCCCGCAAUGAUUAUCUUCUCAAUCUGGCAGCCACUAAUGCCUUGGUGGGGAAAUACUAUAUCCACGAUGUGUCCGAUAUGAUCGAUUGUUGCGACAUGGGGUACCACGCAAGCUUGACGCGAACCCUAAGAACCUACCUGUCAGCCGAAUAUAGCCUGGAGACGUCUCGACAUGAGGGUUUGGAUGUUCUAGAAGGAGCCGUGGACGCCAUGGACGUACGAGGAGACAAGCACAAGUUCAUGGACAUGCACUCUCAGAUGUUCUGCCCUCCAACACGCUUUGAUUAUCAGCCCCACAUGGGGGAUGAGGUGUGCCAGGUGAGCGCACAGCAACCUGUCCAGACGGAACUCUUGAUGCGAUAUCAACAGCUUCAGACUCGCCUGGCGACGCUCAAGAUAGAAAAUGAAGAGGUGAGGAAGACUCUGGACGCCACAAUGCAGACCCUUCAGGACAUGCUGACAGUAGAGGACUUCGAUGUAUCCGAUGCCUUUCAGCACAGUCAGUCUACAGAGUCGGUAAAGUCAGCCUCAUCUGACUCCUACAUGAGCAAGAUCAACAUCUCCAAGAGACGAGCCAAUCAGCAGGAGACGGAGGGCUUCUAUUUCACUAAAUACAAAGAGUACUUAAAUGGCAGCAACCUUAUAGUCAAACUUCAAGCCAAACAUGACCUUCUGAAGCAGACACUGGGAGAAGGGGAGAGGGCUGAAUAUGGAACAACAAGGCCCCCCAUACUUCCCCCUAAACCUCAGAGAAUGCGGAAGUCUAGACCUCGCUCCAUUUUUAGGCGUAAGCUGUUUAACGGCAAUAUGGAGGCCUUCAUCCAGGACUCUGGGCAGCCCAUACCAGUGGUGGUUGAGAGUUGUGUCCGAUACAUCAAUCUUUACGGUCUUCAACAGCAAGGUAUAUUUCGAGUUCCGGGAUCCCAAGUGGAAGUCAACGACAUUAAAAAUGCAUUUGAAAGAGGUGAAGAUCCGCUGGUCGACGAUCAAUCGGAUCAUGACAUCAACUCUGUGGCCGGCGUACUAAAACUCUACUUCAGGGGUCUGGAGAAGCCGCUGUUCCCUAAAGAGCAUUUCCUCGACCUCAUCUCCACUACGAAGUUGGACUUUGGUUCCGAUCGAGCUCAUCACCUCCAGCGGAUUGUUGCCACUCUCCAGCCACCCGUGGUCAUCGUCCUGAGAUACCUCUUUGCCUUUCUAAAUCAUUUAUCCCAGUACAGUGACGAAAACAUGAUGGACCCUUACAACCUUGCUAUUUGCUUCGGCCCCACGCUGAUGCCCAUACCGGAGGACCAGGAUCCCGUGGCCUGUCAAGCGCACGUUAACGAGGUCAUUAAGACCAUCAUCAUCCACCAUGAAGCCAUAUUCCCAGGCCAGCGUGAGUUGGAGGGGCCUGUAUAUGAGAAGUGCAUGGCUGGAGGCGAGGAAUACUGUGAGAGUCCACACAGUGACGCUGGCGCUCUCGAUGAGGUGGACAACGGUACUGGACCUAACACAAGUGACGAUGAGCUGGAGCAGAUAGAAGCUAUCGCCAAGUUUGACUAUGUGGGGCGAACUCCAAGAGAACUUUCCUUCAAAAAAGGAGCCUCGCUGUUACUUUACCUGCGAGCUUCGGAGGACUGGUGGGAGGGUCGACAUAACGGUGUGGAUGGUCUCAUCCCGCACCAGUACAUUGUGGUGCAGGAUAUGGAUGAUGCAUUCUCAGAAAGCAUUCAAAGGACUGACAGUGAGAGCAGUAGUGGAUACCACGAAGAGCGAUCAUCAUCCAGACACCAGUCUUUAUCUGAACACCCUCUGGAACGUCGCUUCGGGCCACCAAUUGGAAGGGCAAGAGUGCGGUCAGAUGGAGCUCCCCUUCAGCGCCACAGGAACGGCGACGGCCACAGCCCCACCAGACCCGCCGACGGGCCCCCGAGGGUGGCGCCUCGACCGUGCAGCCCUCACAAAAUAGCUAUGAGCAGGGGCCUCACAGAUAGUCCGGAGAAGCGGCGACUCGCCAACUAUGGGGCCGCCGGGCACCCUCAGCGGUCGUCGCCGGUCACCUCUCGGCACGCCGGCAUGGGAGACCACAAAACGCUGGAGGCAGAAGCCCUCGCGGAUGACAUAGAGAAAACAAUGAACACAGCCCUCCAUGAGCUAUGUGAGCUGGAGCGACAGAAUGUGGCCAAACACGCUCCUGAUGUUGUCUUGGACACGCUGGAACCUCUCAAACAUCCCGGCGGCGGUGGCCAGGACGUCCCCGGAAGCCCCCUGCACACCAUGGUCAUCAGAGAUCCCGAAGCGGCUCAGCGACGGAGCGGCAGCAGCUCCUCCUCAGAAACCAUGACCACGUUCAAACCCGCCCUGGCGGUGCGCAGGCCCAACGCGCCCAUCAGGCCGCCGCCCGUCAGACCGGUCCGGCCGGCUCCCGUGCUCACGCAGGGACAAGGGCCACAUCGCUCCAGCAGCUCCAGUUCGUCAGGUCUUGGCAGUCCUGGCAUGACUCCCACUGACAGGGUUUUCCCUAAAGCUCCUUCCCCUUCGCCGUCCACCUCAUCUUCGUCCUCAGACAAACAGGGUAACGCAUAGUCAUGGCGGUUAGACCCAAAUCAAGAAUUGCAAAACAGGGACUGAUCGCUACACAGCACUUGUUCAAUCCAACUGCUGGUUCCCGUCAAACCGCCACUCACACUUUGACUUAAAUAGUCAAUAAUACACUUACUUAGCAUAGAUGUUGAAUUUAAAAUGGAUGCACUGGAAAGGCCCCUUGUUCACCAAUAAUAAGGACCAUGUCAAUGACUUUUACUAGGGUACAAAUAUGCUGUGAGCUGGAACUUUUCUGCCCUUGUCAGUGUGAGGCAAAGUAGUAGCAAACCACUAGGCCAUCUUUUAAACUGAUUGAAGUAAAGGUUUGGAUGUCCUAAUGGCCUACAGUGAAGCAGGUUUAGUAUAUCAGGCGAAACAGACCACCCUAAAAAUUGACAUUUUGUUGUAUACAUUUUUAAAUUUGGAAUAUUUUUAUAGCUUUGAAUUAUUUGGUCAUUUUAUGACCCUUUUAAAUUUUCAGAAAAUGAAGAAUUCCAAAUGUUUUGCAGUGAGUGAUCUACCUGAUUUUUGAUCAGAGGAUCAGAAUCUGGACACCCCAACUAGAACAUCUGGAUGGUAUAAUGAAGGUGUCAGGCAUUGAAGUUGCUACCAAUAAAUACUGUGGCAGGCUUGAAUCGUGGCUCCCUCCAGUGGAAGUAGGAAAUAUUUAACUGGUAUCUCCAUAUGGAUGGCAGCUCAAGAAAAUUAUUUAACUCACCAAAAAAAGAUUUUUUUUAAAAGGUACAUUUACAAAGCAGACUGUUUUAAUGUCUUUUGUAACUUAAGACCAAUGCCAUCUCAUAAAAAAAAAAAUGCAUAGGUUUGUUUGAUAUCUCUUAAGGUGCCGUCAGUGCAGUAUAAAUGUGAAUGCCACUUAUACUGCAUAUUCUCGAUUUUAGCAUCUAAAGCACAAAAAUUACUUGAUGGUUUUCACCAGUUUUACCAUCUCUGCUAUCAGUGAGUGUGAUUGCAUGUUAGCGUCAGUGGUCUGCUACCGUUGAACCUUUGAUUAUUGGAUGGACUGACCAAGCACAAUCAAAACUUUGCUUAGGGUAUUUAAUAGAAACAUCUCAAGGACAUUGGCACUUUGUAAAGGACUAACCACACACGUCGUUCCUGUAACUUUUACGUAGGAUAUGAAGAAAAUAGCAAAAUCAUAUAUCAAUGUAGAUUUAAAAAAAAAAAAGAAUCUGCAAAAUAGUAGAAUUCCUGCGAUGAACUACUAAUGCACUUACAAAUAUUUGCAGGAAUUGUGCUGCGUUCGUGUUGUUGAUUUUGUACUAGAGUACAUCAAUGAAGCUUGUCGCCAUGUCUGGAUGGCACAUGGUCUCGCUUUAGAUCAGCUCUUUGUCGUCCGUCUUGCCGGGAUGAUCGAUAUAUCUUUUCAAAUGUAACAGGUACGUUUAAUCGAAUGCAUACAUGCUGUUAAAAUGACGACUUGUACAAAUAAUGUAUGAUAGGAACAGGAUAUAUUAUCAUCUAGUCUGUAGAUUUCUUUUGUAACUCUUAUCCUUGCACAAGCAUUAAUUAAAGAAUACAUUGGGA